CAGCACCGCGAGCGCGCCGCGCCGACCUCGGGGACCUCGUCGUCGUCGUCGUCCUGGUCGGACAUGGUCGCCGCCGUGGCGGGCGGUGCCGGAGCCCGUGACGCCGCGGACGACCCGCGCCGCCGCUCGGCACACGUCGCCGUCGUUCUGUCAUGAUCCUAAUCGCCCAGCCCCUGAGUCAGCCACCCCGUCCUCACUCGCGCCCGACAGCUGACGGACGACGCACCGCCGUCGCGCACCCCUGCAGCAAGACGACGGCGACGUCGAGGACCCCGACGACGACGACAUGAGGACGCCGUCGUGGAGUGCGGCGCUGCUGCUGGCCCUGGCCUGCUCGGUCCGGGCCCGCACGCUCAACGACCCCGCCGCUGACGUGGACGUGCACGUGGACGGCCACUCGCCCACCCAGCUGGACGCGACCCGCUACGAGGUUGGCGACGACGCCGCCCCCGGGGUGUCGGCCCCGAACGUGACCAUCCCGAACCUCGGCACGGUGAGCGGCACCGUGACCGUCUCCGAGCAGAACAAGAGGCCCAUCUACUCGUACCUCGGCGUCCCCUUCGCCGAGCCCCCCGUCGACGACCUGCGCUUCAUGGCCCCGGUCCCCAAGAAGCCGUGGAGCGGCGUCCGGGACGCAUCCACGCCGGGGAACAUCUGCAUGCAGGUCGACUCAUCGUCCAUCAUGGGUAGGCGGCGCCGGGCCGUGCGCGCGCUGCCGAGCCAGACCCAGAGCGAGGACUGCCUCAUCCUGGACGUGCACACGCCCAAGGUGAAGAACAUGCUGGGCGGCAACCUGGCCAUGUCCGGGAGCACCCCGUCGGUGCAGAGGGCGGGCGUCAUCGUGCUCCCGGACCUGCCCGAGAACAUCCUCUCCUCGCCGGACUUCGCCCCGCUGCCCUACCUCACCGGCAUCACCAAGCACGAGGGCACCUUCCCGCUCGAGAUGGCCGAGACCUUCUACUUCAAGCCCAACAAGCUAACGACCAACGCCACCUAUCUCCGCAACGACCUGAUCCACGUGGUGCUGAAAAUAAUCGGUCUCGACGACCCCGCCUCCUACGUCGCCGACGCCUCUAUCCUGGCCUUCCUGGACCCCACCACGCUCGGGGACUACGACGGCAUGAAGGACGGCAUCAUUGACCUGGCGGGCGGGUUCGCUUUCAAAAGUCCCGCCCGGCGGAUCGCCCAGCGCGUCUCGGAACGGGGGCAGACGUCGUCGUACCUGUACGCCUUCAACCACAACGGCGCCCUCACGCAGAACUCGCCCGAGGGUAUCGCCCACGGCUCGGACCAGCCGUACAUCUUCCCCUCCGGCAACACCUGGGUCGGCGCGGACCUGCAGGUCGCCCUCACCCUGCGCACGCUCAUCGCCAACUUCGUCAUCUACCAGAACCCGACGCCUACCGACGCCUCGCCCGUGGCCAACACCCCGACGUGGGCGCCGUUCGCGCGCGACUCUGAGCAGUACCUGGAGCUGGUGUGGCCGCCCGCGGGUCGGCGGUGGUUCAGCUCGCAGCUGACGGUGGCGCGCCGCGACCAGUUCAGCGAGGGCGGCAGCACCUCGACGGGCACCUCGACGGGCACCUCGACGGGCACCUCGAC